UCUAAUGACAUUUCAUGCAAAUUGUUUAAUGUUUGGAUCUAACCGAAUAGCUAUACAUUAGCAUUUUAGAAUGAAUCCGUAAAUAUCUUGCAUCAAAUUGUUAUUUUAUGUAAUUCGAAUACUGACUGUAAUUUGAAAACUGUCCUAUUUGUUGUUAUGAACUGUAUUACCUGAGUAGGUCAACGAUUUCAUAGUGGAUUUGGUUACCGGGUUUUAGUUUCAGAGAAGUAAAGUGAUCUCGAAAUAUAUAAUUCAUGAUUUCGACGCUCGGUGGAAAUGGCAGAAAAUGAUGAUUUUUUAGACUCGAUUGACAACAAUCAUUUGGAAGGAACUAACGGCUCAAUGAAUAUGACUGACAAUAGUCUCGGAGGCGGAGAUGAAGCGGCCGGCGGAGAAGCUCCUGACCUUGCAGCUAUCAAGGCCCGAGUGCGGGAGAUGGAAGAAGAAGCUGAGAAACUGAAACAAAUGCAGACUGAAGUUGACAAGCAAAUGAGUAUGGGAAGCCCACCAGGACUAACCAGUCCAUUAAACAUGUCUAUCGAAGAAAAAAUAGAAGCAGACAAUAGAUCAGUAUAUGUUGGUAAUGUUGAUUAUGGAGCCACGGCUGAGGAGCUGGAGCAGCACUUUCAUGGUUGUGGAUCUAUUAACAGGGUUACAAUAUUAUGCAAUAAGUAUGAUGGCCACCCAAAAGGUUUUGCCUACAUCGAAUUUGGCGACAAGGAUAGUGUCCAGACUGCAAUGGCUAUGGAUGAAUCAUUAUUUAGAGGAAGGCAAAUAAAGGUGAUGCCGAAGCGUACGAACAAGCCGGGUCUGUCGUCUACGAACCGCCCGCCGCGCACGAUGCGCGGGCGCGGGCGCGGCUACCGCGGCGGCCUCGCGCCUUACUACACGGGCUUCCGGCCCCCGCGACGCGGCAGAGUCUUCAAGCGCGGCUCGUACUACUCCCCGUACUGAGUGUGGUAGUGGGGUCCGCCCCCCCGGCCAUGGCCCUCGUUAACCCAUUAGUGAAGUGGCGCGCGUAUAUCUAACUGUAGCAUAGCGCGACAGUGUGACGCCGCCCGAACUUACUACCCAGGACGAUAACGCUCACUAUUCCGUAAUCCACUGUCGAGUGACGUCAUAAGACAGUAAUGUGAUCGCCUAUGUAGCUAUCUAUGUCUAACAUUGGUGUGUCCAAACAAAAACACCGCAGUGUGUCCCUGCAUUUGAAUUAACUUUAACGUGUUGUGUAGGUAAGAAAUAUCUUUUUUUUUUUUUAAAUAAAAAAUCGCGUGAAUUUGUAAAUUUUUAUCAAGAUUCUAAUGUUGUAUUGUCAACGAUUGGUUUUAUUUAGAAGUUGAUUUUAUUUAUUGUAUAAGAUCAAUGGAAGCAAAAAAAAACUGUUAGUUUUAAGUAAUAUAAUAAAUAAGUUGUAAUAUUGGAAAUUAUCAGGCUUGUGACAUUAUAAAAAGUGUGUAACUGAUAAGUUCCUUACAUCUUGUGUUCUAGAUGCCUAGCCUAAAGAGUUAACUGUAGAGAUGCGAUUACGCAAUAAAUAGGUUCUGUGUGAUUUUGGUAUAAAUGUACCUCGAGUACCUCAUUAGAUAAAUUAAUGAGAAAUAAUCCUUAAUUAACUUAUCAUUUCCCAACGAGUUAUUAUUUUUAGUUUUUUAAUUAAUGUGUAUCGUCUUUCCCGCAGUGCUGUGUAUUCUGUUUUCUAACUUUGUCCGAGUAAUCUCAAGAAAAUAAUGUUAUUUAAAGUGACGAUCAAGAAAAUACGCAAGUGAAAUAAGUAUUAUAACACUUUAUAUCAAAAAGUAAAUCUAAACCAGAUUUUAUACUGCGGCUGAGAGUUUAUGUAUUCUGUCAGCAAUAUAGACGUUUUUGUGUUUUUUUUUGAAAUCUACUUUAUUUAAUAUACAUUUAAGUUAUGUACUUCCGGAUAUAUUGAUGAAAUACACUGGUCCGUAUCGAAGAACUACAUUCUAACACUGUCAACGUGUCUGCUAAGUAUUUCUACCAUUUAAUUAUUUAUUGUGAGCUUCGUUCGAAUCAAGAAACGGAAUUAUAUAUACAAAGUUCUAAAAGAGUUCUCACGAUCAAUACAUAGCUUAACAAGUAAUAUAGCCUACAAAAUGAAGUAAAAUAGUGUCGAGUUUUCUUAUAUUCUAGGCAAAUUGCAAUACAUAAAAACACUAAGUAAGUGCCUUUUGAAUCAGACUUAUCACUUUAUGAUACACAAGCAGAGCCCAGAAUGAUAUUCAUAUUAUUAGUAGUUCUUUAUGAAAUUACGAAAUAAUAAUUUAUCCAGAAAUUAAAAUCGAAUCGUCGGUAUCUUGAAUAAGUUAAAUGAAAAUAUAUUCUGUCGUGUGAAAAUAUAAUUUGAAAUUGGAAACACGAAAUGUUGAAAAACGUUUUGCAUAAUUUGUUUAACGAAAAAAAAACAAGUAUAUAAUGCGUAACAGAAAAAAAAACAAAAAACCUGAAACAUAACAAUAAGGAUAAUAUUAAGCAGAAAA